AUGUCUCAGCUACACCGCGAGAUGCGGUCGUCUCACCGCAACGUGUCGCGUUCGGAGGGCAGGGCGUCUUCCAAGUCUGGACUACACAGUCCUAGUCUGAAGAGCCCCAAUAUGGACGCCGAAUACAACGAGUUUGACGAGAGCCUGAUGGAUAUGAGUUUCAUGAAACUGGACGACCUGCUGCGGCAGAAAAUACAGAGCACGGAGUCUCUGUCGUCCACUGUGGCGGUUGCCGGGUCGCCGGUGAGUCGGCAGGAGAGCAGGGCGAAUUCUCUGAUCGGGUCCAUCAUCGACAGCGAGGAGGACACAGGCGCGGGCGAGGCCGGCGACGACGGGGGCGUGGUGAAAAUAUACACGGUCUCCGACGUGAUAACGGCGCUGGGACAGUCCCGAAGCAAAAUCAGCUCGUCGUCGAGAGAAUUUCUGCUUGGCGAACUGUAUCGUAUGAUUGUGAAAAAACCUCUGGGCUCCAACGGGAAGGUGGUCAACGAGACGGAUCUGGAGUCGUUGAUCUCGUUUGUCAAGACGGCGCGUUCCGGACUCGAGUUUGUGUUGGCCCUGCGCUCCGCCGUUGCCUAUAUAGCCAGCGACUCGGACGAGGUGGCUACAGUAGCUGUGGAGAGUCUGUUUCCUGUUCUGCUCGAUAAAAUCUACAGCUCUGAGGAGAGCUACGAGGGCGUUCGUUCGAGCUGCUUGAUUGCAUAUGCGAGCCUGCUUUUGGUGAUUUACAACGAGUCGCAUUGCUACGGUCUGGAAAAUAGCGUCGAAACUCUAAUGGAGCUGGCCGAAGGGUUCAGCGCCGGCAGUCUGACGGAAAACGACGAGGUCAUUGUUGUGAAUGCUCUCAAUGCGGUUGGUGUUGUGGUGAGUCUGCUUUACAAAGCCGGACGCGACGUGAACACCGUCAUACAAGACAACGUUCCUCUCUUGAUGAAUUUCCUCGCCGAGGAGUUCACCAAGAAGGUCCAGAAAACGGCCGCCGUUGUGAUCGCGUUGAUGUACGAGGUGUUCGACUAUGACGACGAGGAGGAACCGUACCACGACCUAGACGAUCUGAAGAGUAUUCUGACACAGCUGGUGAGGUAUUCGUCGAAAAAAGUGAGCAAAAAAGACAAAAAAGAGUCUCGGUCGAUAUUCAGAGAGGUUUUGCGGAGCAUCGAGAAAGAGGAGCACGAGGGAGAAGAGGAGACGGAGGUGCUGUCGAGGUUCCGGCUCAGCGGGUCGAAAACCCUUCCGAUCACCAGCUGGUUCGAGUACAUCCGUCUGUUGCACCUCAGAUACAUUUUUGGCUCCGAGCUGAAUCUGCACUAUAUUUCCUCCAGAGAAGUGCGCAACCUGCUGGCUCCGCCGGACGACGAGACUGCCAAGUACAGGGCAACCGACGACGAGUACCAGGAACACGACAAAGCAUGGAAAUCAGAGUCGGGACGUCUGAGCAGUAUUAAAAAGGACCAAAAAAUCAGGGAAGCGAGAGAAAGAAAAGUGCGAGAACAACUAGGCGAUCUUGCGCUGGAGUAA